AAGGGGGCCUAAUUAGGAGUUAGUAAGUACUAAUUGUGAUUGGGGCCAAGGUCCGCAUAUAUACCAUUGCAGGGCCCAAAUGUGGACUCAUCGCUGCCCAAAGUAGCCACUGAACCGCGUGGGACGUUCUGUUGCCGACCUGCGCAGGCGGCGGGAAGUAAGCAACGGCCGGCGACGACGCGGCGGAGGAGGCGGAGAUGAGCGCGAGCGAUCUUCCCCGUAAGGAGGCCAACGUGCUCAAGGGCCACGAGGGCGCGGUACUGGCAGCUCGGUUCAAUGGAGACGGGAACUACUGCCUCAGCUGCGGCAAGGACCGGACCAUCCGCCUGUGGAACCCUCACCGUGGGAUUCAGAUCAAGACCUACAAAUCUCAUGGCCGUGAGGUCCGCGACGUCCACUGCACCUCGGACAACUCAAAGUUAGUCUCGUGCGGAGGAGACCGGCAGAUCUUCUAUUGGGAUGUAUCAACUGGUCGUGUAAUCAGGAAAUUUCGAGGGCAUGACAGUGAGGUGAAUGCAGUGAAGUUUAAUGAGUAUUCAUCGGUAGUGGUGUCAGCUGGCUAUGAUCAAUCGUUGCGUGCCUGGGACUGCCGAUCCCACAGCACUGAGCCAAUUCAGAUCAUAGAUGCAUUUUCAGACAGUGUUAUGUCAGUUUGUUUAACAAAAACAGAAAUUAUUGGAGGAAGUGUUGAUGGAACGGUCAGAACGUUUGACAUUCGAAUUGGCAGAGAGAUAUCUGAUGACUUGGGGCAACCUGUUAACUGCAUCUCUUUGUCGAACGACGGGAACUGUAUUCUAGCGGGUUGCUUGGAUUCAACAAUACGUCUUCUGGACAGGUCAACUGGUGAGCUAUUGCAAGAAUAUAAGGGCCAUACUUGCAAGUCAUUCAAAAUGGACUGCUGCCUUACCAACACUGAUGCCCAUGUGACUGGCGGAUCCGAGGAUGGCUUCAUCUAUUUCUGGGACUUGGUAGAUGCGUCUGUCAUAUCCAGUUUCCGCGUUCACACUUCAGUGGUAACUAGUGUGAGUUACCAUCCAAAGGACAACUGUAUGAUAACAGCCUCCGUCGAUGGCACCAUUCGUGUUUGGAAGACAUGAAAACCUGUACAGUCAAUUAUGACAGCCUGUACGGUCACUUAUGACAGGUUCUAUAGUUCAAUAUCCUUUCUCGGGCUUCCUUGUGUAAGGUUUGACCUCGAGGUCUCGUGCUCGACUCGAGGAGUGGUCAAGCUAAGUUAUCACUUACCUGUGAUUACUAAUCAAUACUAAUGACAGAACAAGAUUUCUAUGAAACAGUCGUGUCAGGGCAACGGUCUUUGGUCU